GAUUAUUUAGAUUAAACACACAGACAAAAGGUCUGAUCCAUCUAUCAAGAACUCUGAUGAUAUUUUGAAGCAAGCUCUGGAAUUAGAAAAUAAAUCAAUAAAAGAAACCAGCCGCGAUCUACUACUUCCCAAUCAACCAGCCAAUCAAAAUCACAAUCAACACUCAGCACUCAAUCUCUCAGCUUUUCUCAAUCAGAAUACAUAUUUAAAAGAUAAUCUUACCAAUCUAAACAAACCAACUUCAUCCCAAUCAACUCAUUCAGCUUAUCAACAUUCCAAAUCAUCUAAUCAUCACUAAAACCGAUCCAUCUGUUUCUCCAAACUUCAAGAAUGUCACAACAAAAACCUUCGCUUCGUAUUCAUUCAGUUGAUAAUGAAACUACUCCAUUAAUUCAAGAUCUCGAAUCUAGUAGACCUGAUCAUAACAGAUCUGAUAGUGGUUAUGCUCUUCAUCCUAGCACACCAACCAAUGCAGAAUCCUUUAAACACUUUUUCUUCUCAUCUUACCUCAACUUACUCCUUGUGGCUGUCCCCUUAUCUUUUUUAUCUCAUUUCUUAAAAUGGGGUUCAACAUCCGAUUUUAUCAUCUCUUUCAUCGCUAUCAUCCCUCUGGCAAGCUUAUUGGGUGAUGCAACCGAACAAGUAGCUCUCAAAGUGGGCUCAACCCUUGGUGGUUUAAUGAACGCUACCUUUGGAAACGCAGUUGAAGCAAUUGUUGGAAUCGUAGCCCUACAACAAAACCAAUUAAGAAUCGUUCAAACUUCAAUGUUAGGAUCAAUCUUAUCCAACAUUUUAUUAGUCUUAGGUUGUUCAUUCAUCGGGGCUGGUUUCAAAUUCAAAGAAUCUCGUUUCCAAGCAACUGCCGCACAAGCUUCAGCCUCCUUGAUGUUAUUAGCUUGUAUUGCUCUCGUCAUCCCUGCUGCUUACUACACCACUACUGUUGAUCGCUUAACGGGUCCUGGAAAAGAUCUUACGGCUACUUUGCCUCAUGAUGCUGCCCAGCAUGGCCUCUUGGUCAUUUCUCGCGGAACAUCGGUUCUAUUAUUGGCCAUGUACAUACUUUACUUGUAUUUCCAGCUCAAGACACACACAUAUCUUUACCAAGAAGAAGCAUCAGACGGUCCUGAAGAAGAAGCUACUAUGAACCUCAAAUCUGCUUCAGCAGCUUUAGUCUUAGUGACCGUCAUCACAGCUUUCUGUGCUGAAUAUUUAGUGGAUUCGAUUGAUGAAUUUGCUACGAGUGCUGGAAUUCCAAAAGCGUUUAUUGGUUUGAUCUUAUUACCUAUUGUGGGAAAUGCAGCGGAACAUGCUACUAGUGUUUGGAUGGCCAUGAAAGGUAAAAUGGAACUUGCUAUUGGUGUGGCUGUUGGUAGUAGUAUCCAAAUCGCUGUUGGUGUGAUUCCUAUUAUGGUCAUCAUUGGAUGGAUCACUGGAAAACCUUUAACACUUUACUUUGAGAACUUUGAAACGAUCUGUUUAGUUUUCUCUGUCUUAUUGACUACACUUUUAAUUCAAGAUGGUAAAAGUAAUUAUAUGGAAGGUGCAAUGUUAGUUUCACUUUAUGUGAUUAUUGCUUUAGCAUUCUGGGUUUCUUGAAUCGAUUUUUCUUUUUUUUUUCCUUUUUCGAUGAUUUCUUUUUCUGUUUUUACACAAUCUUUUUUUCUUUUUUUUUUCUCUUCUUUUUACUGGUUGGCUUUCUUUUUUCUUCUGUUGUGUUUUAGUUGUAUACUUUUUGUGUUGUGUUUUUUUUUUCAAUGGGUUUUGUAUAAGUGUGGAUUUUUUUUUUGAUUGAAGAUUAUCAUUCAAUUUAAACACAAUACAAGAUUUUUUUUUUCUUUAAAGCAGACUUUUUUGGGCCGGAAGGGGGGUUUCUUUAUGAUGGAAUGAGUUUUGACUUUUUUUGCUUUUUUGUUUGUAAUCAAUAUUAUCAAUACAAUGAAAUCAUCAGAUUGGAC